AUGGCCCUGGAGCAGGUGCUGCAGGCGGCGCGGCAGGGCGAGCUGGACGUGCUGAGGUCCCUGCACGUCGCCGGCCUGCUGGGGCCCUCGCUGCGCGACCCGCUGGACGCGCUGCCCGUGCACCACGCGGCCCGCGCCGGCAAGCUGCACUGUCUGCGCUUCCUGGUGGAGGAGGCGGCCCUGCCCGCCGCGGCCCGCGCGCGCAACGGCGCCACGCCGGCCCACGACGCCGCCGCCACCGGCCACCUCGCCUGCCUGCAGUGGCUGCUCUCGCAGGGGGACUGCAGAGUGCAGGACAAAGACAAUUCUGGUGCCACAGUUCUGCAUCUGGCUGCCCGCUUCGGCCACCCCGAGGUGGUGAACUGGCUGCUGCAUCAUGGCGGUGGGGACCCCACCGUGGCCACAGACAUGGGCGCCCUGCCUGUCCACUAUGCUGCCGCCAAAGGAGACUUCCCCUCCCUGAGGCUUCUCAUCAGGCACUACCCUGAGGGAGUGAAUGCCCAAACCAAGAACGGUGCCACGCCCCUGUACCUGGCGUGCCAGGAGGGCCACCUGGAGGUGACGCAGUACCUGGUGCAGGAGUGCGGCGCGGACCCGCACGUGCGCGCCCACGACGGCAUGACCCCGCUGCACGCAGCGGCGCAGAUGGGCCACAGCCCGGUCAUCGUGUGGCUGGUGAGCUGCACCGACGUGAGCCUAUCGGAGCAGGACAAAGAGGGUGCCACGGCCAUGCACUUCGCGGCCAGCCGCGGCCACACCAAAGUGCUCAGCUGGCUCCUGCUGCACGGCGGCGAGAUCGCGGCAGACCUGUGGGGCGGGACCCCGCUGCACGACGCCGCCGAGAACGGGGAGCUGGAGUGCUGCCAGAUCCUGGUCGUGAACGGCGCGGAGCUGGACGUCCGCGACCGCGACGGGUACACGGCCGCCGACCUGUCGGACUACCACGGCCACAGCCACUGCACCCGCUACCUGCGCACCGUCGAGGACCUGAGCGUGGAGCACCGCGUGCUGUCCCGAGAUCCAUCCGCUGAGCUUGAGGCAAAGCAGCCCGACUCGGGCAUGUCCUCACCCAACACCACCAUGUCGGUCCAGCCGCCAAACUUUGACCUCAGCUCACCCACCAGCACCCUCUCCAACUACGACUCCUGCUCCUCCAGCCACUCAAGCAUCAAGGGCCAGCGCCCCCCACAUGGGCUUCCCAGCGCAAGAGCUACAGACAUACAGAGUUACAUGGACAUGCUGAACCCAGAGCUGGGCCUGCCUCAGGGCCAGAUAAGGAAACCCGCGCCAGGACUGCCACCGCCCAGCUUCCCUCCACCACCCCCGCCCCCAGGCACCCAACUGCCCCCACCCCCACCGGGCUACCCGGCUCCCAAGCCCCCCGUGGGUCUACAGGCAGCUGACAUCUACAUGCAAACCAAGAACAAACUCCGCCACGUGGAGACUGAGACCCUCAAGAAGGAGCCGAGCUCCCGCGACGGCUACAGCGGGCUGCGGAGGCAGGACUCCGGCCGCAAGCCCCGCGCCUUCGGCAAGCAGCCCAGCACGGGGGACUACUACCGCCAGCUGGGCCGCCGCCCCGGGGAGCCGCCGGCCGCUCGGCCCGGCAUGGCGCACAGCGAGGAGGUGCGUGCCCGCCAGCCCGCGCCCGCCGCUCGCCCGGGACCCGCCGCCGCCGCCCGCGUCUCACUCGCCGGCCCCUCCGCUCCCCCGCAGGCGGCGCCGCUCCCCGGGAGCCACGUGCACAACGGCUGCGCCGCCGACCCCAAGGCGUCCAGGGAGCUGCCGCCGCCGCCCCCACCGCCACCUCUGCCCGAGGCCCUGAGCUCGCCCCCGCCUGCCCCGCCUCUGCCCUCGGAGGGCACCGGCCCCGGCUGCGGGCAGCGACGCUCCUCCUCGUCCACCGGCAGCACCAAAUCUUUCAACAUGAUGUCCCCGACUGGCGACAACUCGGAGCUACUGGCUGAGAUCAAGGCGGGAAAGAGCCUGAAGCCAACGCCACAGAGUAAGGGGCUGACCACAGUGUUCUCAGGCAGCGGGCAGCCGGCCUCCCAGCCUGACUCGCCACUGCCGUCGGUGUCGCCAUCACCAGCCCGGAGCCCCACCCCACCAGCCACGGGGCCCCAGCCGCUGCUCAACGGCAGCGUGGCACCGGCGCCGCCCGCCACCCCUGCGCCUGGCGUGCCACUCGACGUGGAGGCUCUUGUCCCCACGCACGACGAGCAGGGCCGGCCGAUCCCGGAGUGGAAGCGCCAGGUGAUGGUGCGGAAGCUGCAGCUGAAGAUGCAGGAGGAGGAGGAGCAGAGGCGGAAGGAGGAGGAGGAGGAGGCGCGGCUGGCCAGCAUGCCUGCCUGGCGGCGGGACAUCCUGCGGAAGAAGCUGGAAGAGGAGAGGGAGCAGAAGCGGAAAGAGGAGGAGCGACAGAAGCAGGAGGAGAUGCAGCGGGAGAAAGAGCAGUCGGAGAAGCUGCGGACUCUGGGCUACGAUGAGACCAAACUGGCGCCCUGGCAGCGACAGGUUAUCCUGAAGAAGGGGGACAUUGCUAAGUACUAG